AUGAAAUUGGUUGGCUGGCCUGCAUCAAAGAGGCGGCGCCGUUGGAAGCUGGAGCAGGGACCCGAGAUGGUGGUACAGGUUGGUGUAAUUGGCAGCCCAUUGCGUUGUGACCACCGUCCAAUACAAUCCAGCACCUUGGCAAGGGAUUGGUGCAGCUGUAUUCAGCUCCCCUAUAUCAGUGCCUCUCGCCUCUCUAUGAGCAGUCACCAGCGGUUGACUACGGGCAUCUCCGUCGCUUAUCUGCACAUGAACGGCGUUUGCAGAAUCCAAAUUCAACUCAUAAUAACCGAAGGACUCAUGCAUAUGUAG